ACAUGACUAUUGAUCCCAGAGUGCUGAAUUUCACACUGUAAUUUUUCCAACUUCUGCAUUUGAUAAAAACAAUAAUGACUCAUACCUCAUUAUUGAUUAAAAAAACGAGUUGGAUGCUGAUUUUAGGAUUGGAAUGUUUUAAUAAAUUUAUUUAUUUUAUUUUUUUUAAAUCGUCGUCUCGCCCACCCGGGCGGUAUGGUCUCUGCUUUCAAGCUCGGGUCCUCCACCAGAGGCCUGGGAGCUUGAGGGUCCUGUGCAGGAUCUUAACUGUCCCUAUGAUUGCGCUCUUCUGAAUGGAGACGUCAGAUGUUGUUCCUGGUAUCUGCUGGAGCCAUGCACUCAGCUUGGGGGUUACUGCCCCUAGUGUCCCAAUCACUACUCACAUUUUCUCCAACUCUUCCUUCAACCCUUGAUAUUUCUCCAGCUUUUCAUGUUCUUUUUUCCCCCGAUGUUGCUAAAUCUAUCACUACUGCCGUCUUCUGAUGUUUAUCCACCACCACUAUGUCAGGCUGGUUGGCCAUCACCAGUUUGCCUGUCUGGAUCUGGAAGUCCCACAGGAUCUUGGCUCGGUUGUUCUCGACCACCUUGACUCUGGGGUCUCCAGUCCGAACUCGUCCCUGUACACUAUGCCUGCUGUUAUAUAUUAGCCGAAUAGUCCAUUCCACGCGCCAAAAUCCACGCCUUUGUUUCUAAGCAACUCUUUCCCAUCCACCUUCAAAAACAGCAUCGAGGAGGAAGAAAAGCAGGGGAAAGCUGACGCCUGAUGCAGCCGCCGUAAUACAAUGAUCGCAGAAAUUCCCAAAGAUAAUUCCAAGGCGUUCCAAUCGGUAGCGACUUUGAGCUCAGACUCCCCAGUGUCCUCGUCGCCCUCCCCGGAAGCCGGUCGGCUGCUGAGCAGGAGGCGGGACGCGCGCGCUUGCGGCAGCGGCGGCAUCCGCCCGGAGGACAGCGGCAGCAUCCGGCCGCUGGUGUCCGCCGGCCGCGUCAUGACAUCGGCCGACUUCGCUCAUGCGGGAGCCCCGCUACUGGCCGCUCGCUCCAUCCGGAGCCUUCUGUACAAGCUCCUGUGCUUCCUGCUCCUCAUCUUGCAGGGCGGUGUUUUGGACUUCUACCUGAUCGCGUUCACAGACCUGUACUGGUGCUCCUGGAUCGCCACGGACCUGGUGGUGGUCUCCGGGUGGGCUAUUUUCUUCGUGAAGAACGCGCGCGGCAAGCGGGAGCGGGCCUGCGGCUUCCACCAGAAGGGCUCCGCGUACGGCGGCUGCAAUCUGGGCGAGUUCACCUACGCGUACCUGGCGUGGCUCGUCCACGUCAUUGCAUUUACCCCCAAGGUGGCGCUCGUCCUGGAAACCUCCAUCCUGGACCACGUCGCCACAAAGGCGCCAUUCGGUUUGACCGGCCUCAAAAUCGUCAUUCUUCUCUCCGCACCGCUGCUGUUCUGCCUCAUCAACGCCAUCAUCGAGGAUCUGAACGGGGCUACCAGGCACCACUCGCAAAGCUGCUUCACCUCCACCUGCCUGGAUCUAAUCGACAGCUUCUCCCUGGUGGAGGCGCUGCUCCGGAGCGAGAUCCCGAUCCCCAUCCGGUACCUGGAGUACACCGUGAUGACCGUCUACUUUGUGGCUCUGGCCGCUCCAGUCGUUUGGCUGUACGGGCUCACCGCGUCGGAGCUCCGGUGCCGAUGGCUGUGGGCUCGCUUCUUUUCAGCGGGCCUUCUGGUCAACGCACCCUUGCUGGUGGUCCGCUGCUUCCAGGUUUACGUGUACGAGGGGCCCAUAUCGGUGUUCAUGUUCAAGAACGUCUUCUUCCUGGCGUGCAGCGUGCUGGAGCUGGCCGAACAGUGCGUGGCCGUGCGCGGUGUCCGAAAGAGGCUGGCCGGUGGGAGUCACCAUCAGGCCCACUUCUCGCACGGAGUGUCCGAAAACGACAUGUGUCCGCACGGAUACGUCAACACCCUGGCAGUGGCCCAAUCUUAGUCCCGUCAAAAUAACAAUGAAGCCAAUUCAUUUCAUAAGUAUCCAGUCAUACACUUUUUCCAAAUUUUGUAUUAUUCAUAAAUCCCUUAACACAGCAUUGAAAUUGACUUCUUUGAACAACUUAGUUAACAUUCUAUUUGAUUUGGGCAAGGGCGUAGGUUUGCAUAGGGACGGUAGGGACAAAACACUAGCAACUUUUCAGGAUGCUCAAAUUGUCCCCACCAACUUUUAAGCAACCUUAUUUGCGUUAUAUAAUGGCUUUAGUUAUAUGCCAUUUAGAUUGUCUUCCCAUAUGUUUUAUUGUUGUAAUUGGCCCCGCCAUUAUUAAGUGAAUUAUUUUCAUUAUGUGCAAACUUACACACAGACUUACUCACAUUCUUUUCAUUUGCUGAAUGUGCCGGUUCUCCCUCCUAAACGCUUACUUGAUUGGCUGAUGACAUGACGCCCCCAACAAACACACACACAUUAAGUAUCAAGGAUAUUACAGUUUUUUUUUCUUUCUUUCCAGCCAGUAGCAGCCACUGUAAGAAAUGUAAAAAGACAUCAAUGUUGUGGAAGUGGGGAACACACCACUAAUUUUGCUACUGAAAGUCUGACCUACAUCAGAGCUAGCAUAACAAUGAACUGUUUGAACGUGCUAACCUGCAAAACUCGAGUAGGAAGCUGCUUAGAGAGAAGGGUCCUCCUGUAUGUGUUUUCUACUGAUAACAUUAACUGUGAGAAAUGUAGUGAACUGAGGUCUACCUCCUUCUUCCCAAUUUUACUUUUUAUUUUAUUUAUGUGGUCUUAAAGCAGCCCACAGGAGCUUUCUUUUUUUUUUUUUUUUUCAGUUUGGUUGUGCUUCUGGACAAAAGCAGUAGUGUUUUACCUGAAAGACAGAUUCUUUUUAAUUUUUUUCCUGACAAAGAAGUUUCAUCAGUUAUAUUUAAUUCAUUUUGACAAUGUUGAGUGGUCUUAAGACAAAUGUUGAUUUUUUAAAUUAUUUUUUUUUAAUUCCUGGAUCGUUAACAAGAUUAACAAGCUUGUAUUUAUUCCGAAUGUUAAUAUAAUUUAUGUUCAAAUAAUGCUAUUUAAAUUUGGUCUUAAAAUCCGGACGUUUUCAAAAUGUUUCUUUAGUAGUUUUUGAAAACAAAGGUUUGAAUUGAGAUCAUAGUCGAGUGGAGAUAGUAGAGAUAGUAGUAGUGGGAUAGUAGUAGCGUAGAUAGUAUAAAUGAAUACAGCUUUAUUUUGCAUUGAUCAUUAUGAAUGUCCCGUCCCCAGUAAAAAGUGUACAUGCAGGUUAUACUGUUAUAUCGUCCCUACCGUCGUUGUGACCAAACCUACGCCCUUGGAUUUAGGGUUGCACACAACCGAAGGAUGAUUAAUAUACAAAUACGAUUUAAAAAAAAAAAAAAAUCACCCGGCAUUAAUCAUCAGUUUGGUGGUCGUCUGUGUAAAAUCCGCAAUCAAAAGUGAAAAUAGCGAGGGAAAAAAUGUGCAAUGUACGCAUAAAAGUUACAUUUCAAUUUGGUGCUGGGUUUUUCUCAUAAUUUCAAACAAUAUUUACACUAUUUCUACAGUGAGACACACACACGUGCUUUAUGACCAAACAUGAAUUUCAUGGCCUUUAGCAAACAACAGUGCAUUAUUUUUUUAGUAGACCGCCUCUAGCACAAGUUACUAACCAGCUCAGUCACAUUAACAAUUUUUCUAGUCAGAAACAAUGCAAAAAGAACAUUUCAAUUGAGAGACAUUAUUUAUUAUAGUUUGCAGUAUACGGUAUAUCCUCAAUGGCAUAUUUGUCUGUAUCUUUUAAUAAUGUGAAGUUUUUCCUUAUUUUGGGGAGCCACUAACCAAACAGGGUUCUGAUUUUCCAGUUUUCUUAUGAAUGGAACGCACUGGCCAUUUCGGACAAUGGGACAGGUGCACUACCUUUGAACAAUUUUGGGGGGACUUGCGUGUCGUAUUCGGUGUAUCACUUUAACCCCUGCGCUUGAAUGCAACAUGUCUUAGUGGGAUACAAAGUGCAAUUUGAAGACUCCCCCUGUAUCCCACCAUUCAUCAUUUGGUAUCAUGUAUUGAUGACAGUGUUGUCUGCAAGUCUGUGCUAGUCCUGACUUAGUGUAGACGUGUAAUACUGUAAUAUCAUGCGUAAACCUGAUAGAGUGAACUCCGCACAACAAAACAAGACGUUCCAGCUGUAUAAAAUGUCCCUUGUUUAUGUACACAAGACACAGCCAGUUUACAUUUGGUUAUUGGAAAGUCAUCAAAAUGUGUCGUAUAGUAAAGAAAGCCAGCUACACUCAACACUUUUACCAGUUUUACUUCAACCAUUGUAUCGUUAAUGUAUGCCAGUUUAAUGUCAACGUAGUUUAAAAAAGAAAAACAGCCAAACAGAUUUGUAGUACUUCGAUGUGAAUGUUAUUCGUUGAUUUUAUUAGUUGGUUUUUUUUUUUCUAAAGCAAGUUGUGGGGUGAGUAAAUGAUUUUUUUCUCCCCAACCAGCUCGGAAAACUUUCAGGUCUGACAAUAGUACCUGUAAAUGCUAAGCCUGUUCACUACCGUAAUUUUCGGACUAUUAGCCGCUACUUUUGUCCUUCAUUUUGAAUCCUAUAGUCCAGUGCGGCUUAUUUUUUUUAUUUAUUUGGGUUAACAGGUAACACAUUAUUUGACAGAGGCGUCAUAAGACCGUCAUAAUUAUGACAUGACACUAUCAUGGGCAAUACUGAAUGCUUUUGACUCGGGCUGCAGCUAUCGAAUAUUUUAGUAGUCGAUUAAUCGAUGGACUAGUUAGUUCGAAUAAUCGAGUGAUCGGAUAAGGAACAUGAAAAAUUAAAAUACCUGGGCUGAGCCUCAAACGGUAUUUUUUAUUUUUAUUUUUUUAAUGUAGAGCUAUGUACAACAAAAGAACAAUUGGCUAACUUACAAAGAAAAAGUUUAAAUGCAAUAAAAUGCUAAAGUUUUUUUUUACAAUUGUCUUAACAAAUGGUUCAGACGCAUAUUCCCACAAAAAACUAAAAUAUACUUAACUAAAUAUUGGGCUGUCAAAAUUAUCGCGUUAACGGGCGGUAAUUAAUUUUUUUCAUUAAUCAUGUUAAAAUAUUUGACGCAAUUAAUGCACAUGCCCCGCUCAAACAGAUUAAAAUGACAGCAGAGCGUCAUGUCCACUUGUUACUUGUGUUUUUUGUCUCCCUCUGCUGGCGCUUGGGUGUGACUGAUUUUAUGCACUAUGAGAAUUGUGUAAUUAUUGUCAACAAUGUCGAGCUACUAGUUUAUUUUUUGAUUGAAAAUUUUACAAAUUUUAUUGAAACAAAACAUUAAGAGGGGUUUUAAUAUCAAAUUUCUAUAACUUGUACUCACAUUUAUCUUUUAAGAACUAAAAGUCUUUCUAUCCAUGGAUCGCUUUAACAGAAUGUUAAUGUUAAUGCCAUCUUGUUGAUUUAUUGUUAUAAUAAACAAAUAGAGUACUUAUGUACAGUAUGUUGAAUGUAUAUAUCCAUCUUGUGUCUUAUCUUUCCAUUCCAACAAUAAUUUACAGAAAAAUAAGGCAUAUUUUAUCGAUGGUUUGAAUUGCGAUUCAUUACGAUUCAUUAAUUUUUAAGCUGUGAUUAACUCGAUUAAAAAUUUUAAUCGUUUGGCAGCCCUACUAAAUAUACCUAUUAACUAAAUUAUGAAUGCAUUAGAAAACAUUAGCUCAAACGAAAACUUAGCUUACGUUGGUCUUAACAGGGAGCAGUUGGAUUCAGUCAUGUGAAAAGAGGCAGACCAGAGGGCAGUGUACCCACCCUAAUCAAUAAAACUAAAUUCAAACACUUUCAAAAUAAACCAUUAAAAUGCCACUUUAAUUAAACGAACACUUGAAGCAACAAGAUUUAAUUCGAAUAUUUUUUUCUAAUCGAAUACUAAAGUUAAUCAAUUAAUUGUUGCAGCACUACUUUUGACAGAUGUCAUUAAGUGUCAUUCUGCACAUUAUGUCACUAACUCCAUUUAUGUCCAGCUCGGAUCUUUUACAUCCAUUCAAAAGUGAGAUAACUGACAGUCUUCUGGCGCCACUGUACAAUAAAGUGUUACCAAAUACCAUAACUAGCAAUUAAUUAAACAGCUGGAACAGUGACUGAAGACAUAUUUAGCACAGAACAUGAAUUUGAUUGUUAUUUAUAUCUGUAAUGCUGCAAUGCAUGCUAGGAGGCAUGUUGGACAACAAAAGUGUUGACAGCAGGUGGCAGCAGAGGUUGACUGUCUCCCCCAAGGGAGCAGUGAUGGCCAAAUGAAGCUUCUUGAAGCAAUGAAUUUUUGCAGCCAAUUGGCUUAAAGCUUCAUAGUGGUUCAUGUCUUAUGACAGUCGUAUGAUGCCGCUGUCAAAUAAAGUGUUCAUAUAUUUUGGUGUAAAUAUCCCAUAAUACAGUGAGGACAGCUGCGGCUUAUAGUCCAGUGCGGCUUAUCAAUGAAUAAAUGUGGUUUUCGGGUGCAAUUUGGUGGGUGGGGGCUUAUAGUCAGGUGCGCCUUACAGUGCGAAAAUUACGGUAUUUAUGAUCGUGAAUUAGAACCAUUCGAAACCAAUUUUACUUAAUAUAUUUGAAAUCAGUAUGUAUGUGCUCCGCAUAAGUGCCUGCCCUUUUCCAGAUAGUUUUAAUCAACUGCUUUUCACGAUGGAAGUAUGAAACAAACCAUUUGGACAACGUAUUUGGUGUCUAUUGGAAAAAAUGUCAGAGGAAAAACAAGGACGUGGAGGUUGAAGUCAGGGCUUUGUGGCCGGAAAAUGCCUUUGUGGACUUUGCCUGAUUUGAAGAAUUGUCCAAAAAGUAUUCCUGACAUAAACCGCUCCAUAUUUUCGUUUUAAUUUGCUGUACAACUUUAUGCUAAACAGGCUGAGAAUGUGUGUUGUUAUUGUUAAGACAAUCUUUUUUUUUGCACGUGCAUUAAUUUCUGUGACUAUUCUAUCAGCACAAAACAAUUUUGAGUCUUGCUCCAUAGAUUAUUAUACAUAUUGUAUACAGUGCCCUCCAUAAUUAUUGGCACCCCUGGUUAAGAUGUGUUUUUUAGCUUCUAAUAAUUUUUCUAAAUUCAAAUAAUAUGGGAC